AUGGUCCCCUCGACAACCCUCUUCAGCAUCGUCGCCAUGCUCGCCGCAGCCAGUGCGCAGGCAAGCUCGUCCUGGAAACCGGCCAAGAACCAACUCUGCUUCGGCCGCCAGAGCUGCCACUACGCAUCAGACGGGGUACGCCAGCACCAUGCGCACGCACGACAAAGUCGGCUUGUGGGCGGACACUAA